GCAACCUUUCGUAGCAACAGCAAACAGCUGCCCUGUCAAUCAUAACUUCAUAACCUCACUUUCCAGCCCCAUUGUUUACAUUCAUCAGAUACUGGAAAAAAUGCUUGAUGGCUGGUACUGCCGUUCAAUGGCAAAUGCGGCAGCCCUCGCCGAGGAAGAAGAACGAGCUCAAGAAGAAUCAAAAUUCAAAAAGGAAUACAGGUUCCUCAAACGCAAAUUUCACAACUUGGUCUAUGAAAAUGAGGCCUUAAUGGAAGCCCUCCGUGCGGCCCAAAAGCGCCUCCUCGCAAUCACCAGAGACCGCACGUUCCUCCUCGACAGACUCCUUCUCCACGAGAAGGUUGACAACUCCACCUCAGAAUCUGAAGACACCGACUCCUCGGACGACGGAGAGCCGGUCAAAGUCGAACCACCAACUAAAAAGCGAAAAUUGGAUAGUUCGUAUAACAACGGCCCCCAUGCGGUGUCCGGGAAGUCGCUGCCCGUGGCGAAGAAGAAACGGAAUCCGACUCCGCGACCGACGAAGACGUUGUCUCACCAUACCCUGGUUCACCUGCCAGGGAGUUCCGCUAAUAGUAAUAUUUUGUCAGAUGGGCAUAUGACGCCUGAAGAGGUGGAGAGGCAUCUGCAGUCGCAGAAUUAUGUCGAGCUGGUGCCCGAGAGGGCGCCACCGACGGUGCCCACGGAGAUGUUCAGUAACGAGCCGUCGCUGGAUAGCGAGUCGAAUGAUAUUGGAGAGUUGGAGACUUCGCCCAGUAAUAUGGGGGAGGAGUUGAGUAUUGAUAUGAUACCUGAGUAGGGACGAAUGCUACUGUGGCGUUUUUGUGUACAUAUUCGGUAGUUUGUAGUUACAUACAAGGACGAAAAAGUUAAAUAUAUUAUUUUAAUGUAGCAGUGGGUUUACAUUUUUGCAUGCAACCAGUAAUACACAAUGAUAUAAUUUAUAUUCUAUUGCUAUCGUAUUUUUUUGUAAAAAGUUACGUAAUAGAUUGAUUUUCUGUA